AUGAAUGGCCACUUAGGCCCGCUUUCGCCAAACUCAACACACGGCAGCGAAGUUUCACAAUAUCAGUACUCCGGCCCGCCUCCGUACUCUCCAACCCUUCCCCACAACCGCGGCAACCUUGUCACUCCUCCUAUCUCAGGCUCAUCAAAUGGUGGUCAGCGACGGAUCUCGAAUGGGAUGAACCACAGACCGGGCGACCCAUCCCCACCACAUUCAAUAGCACGCUCCAGCUAUGGAACUACAAUUUCCAUCUCCGAGGGUCAGAGAAGGAGGACAUUAGUCAUGGAGGAAAGAUUAUCGCAACACUACACAAUCCUCAAGAGGUUCCUCGCUCAAUCUCUGCGCGAUGAGAAGGGCAAUCCAAGACCAAAUAGAGCGAGGGACAAGCUGUUGCGAUUAUCACCAGUCCAAUUCCAAGAGUUGAGUACAGACGUUUAUGACGAGCUGCUGCGAAGGCAAAGCUCUACAGGACAGCAAACCAAUGGACCAGGCCAGGUGCCUCCUUACUUGCUCCCGAAGGACAACUUCCAUCCAAAACGAAAUCAGGCCCGUCAAAAACUUGCUACUUUACCUCCACCAAGGUUUCAGGACCUGGCGACAGACGUCUUCUACGAGCUCGAAAGAAGGUUUCCAAUGUUCGCUGGGAAUAGUGUCAGCCGCAUUGGCAGUCCAGCUAUGAGUACGAGAGGCCCACCAAGUCGAGUGGGCUCGCCCAACGGUGUGAGACCGAAUUAUGGUCAAAGAAAUGCAUCAUUGGGAAGUCAGGUCAUGGCCGGUUUGGGCAUACCCGGUGCGGAAGGGUCCAGUGACAAUCAGGGGAGGCCAAUGGCGAAGACAUCUCAAAGUAAUACUAUAAUACCGAAUAAGAGCACGAUGGUGGAGGACGACGAUGAGGAAGGGAGUGAUAUCUAUGGAAGCCGGAGAGAUACCACAUUCACAUCUCGGAGCAUGGGUGGAUCGGACAAGGACCGUAAAGCCAUUGCGGAGUUUGAGACCCAGGUCGAGGAGCUACAGGUGAAAGUCAAAGGGUUAGAGGAACACGUGCGCGAAAAAGACUCGGAAAUGGACAAGAUGCAUGAGUCUCGAAGCGAGGAGCAAAGCGCCAAUGAUACAGAAAGAGAGAAAUGGGUGACCUUGCAAUCCGACCUUGAGGACAAGCUGACUGAAGCUCGCAAUCUCAACAAUAACUUACAGUCAGAGCUUGAUAAAGUCAGAAAUAAACAAGCCAACACUGAGCGCGAGUUACGAUCCCAGGUGGACACUCUGACAACACAAGCCAGCGUGGGUAAGAGCGAAUGGAAGGCUCGUUACGACAAUCUUGACAGAGUCCACCAAGAAUCGCGGUCAGCACUUUUGCGGCAAGACAAGGUCACGACCGAAGUGAAGCAAGAGGCAGCUAGUUUCCUCAAUCAAAUGAGAGCACUCUCUGAGCGAAGUAAUGAAUCCCAGGAACGAGAAGAGAAUCUGGUUCGUCAGGUUCACAAGCUUGAAAAAGAGGUUCAGGAAUGGAAAAGUCGAUAUACUCGGAAGAGAACGCAAGCACGGACCUUACGCGCUUCCGCGAUGAAUAUAUCGUUACAGCAGUCAGACGCUGGUCAAGUAGCUAAGGACAGAGACUUUACAGCGCAAGAUGGGCUUGUCAAAGACAUACAUGUUACCAGGUUCCAGAUCGCUGUUGACGAACUGUUGCAAAGCGCGAGAGAAGAUGAGCCGAAUGCUGUUAUAACCCGUGUCAAACCUGUGGUCGUUGCGGUUAGGGAUAUCACAAUAAACUUGGGUGAUACACAAUCUAGCCAAGACGGAGCGAUGCAGCAAAGACACAAACUCAGGGUCAAAGUGUCCGCCACAGCUAACAACCUCGUUACAGCCUCUAAGAAUUUUGCAACCUCGAAAGGCCUCUCACCAGUGUCUCUCCUUGACGCAGCGGCCUCUCACCUCGCGUCCUCCAUAGUCGAGCUCAUCCGCCUUGUCAAAAUACGGCCUACCCCUACGCAAGAGCUGGAAGAACAGGAAGAAAACGAUGUCAUCGCCGACUCUCCAGCGGACUACUAUGGCAUGUCCCGGGUAAGAGAGAGCACUGGUGCAGACUCGGUCUACAGCACCGUAACCGACCCUCGACGCUCAGUCCAGCCUGCGUUUCAAGGUAAAUCGGCAAAAUUCGCCCAAAAUGGCUUCCCCAAUGGCGGGCAAUAUGGUACUAGCUCCAAGCCUACGCACGGCAUCUACAAGUCUCCGGACAACAAAAUGGAAGAGCUCAGGAUUUUCCUUGAAUCCCGCACUGAUCACCUUAUUCCCUCGAUCCAAGCGCUCGUCUCCUCUAUCCGGACGUCUGCUGAGGCUCCAGACAUUCUCGACCAUCUCGCAGCGAUUGUAUCCACUACCUCUCAAAUCAUUGCCAAAACGCACGACGCCUCGCCCAGCGAGCAGUCGGUGCAAAAACUCGUGCUCAGCUUAUCAGAAUGUGUUGACAGACUCGAGGAUAAGGGCAGGGAAGGUGAGGGCAUUGAUGACGAUAGGGAUUGGGGCAUCUUUGUGAAAGGUCUGCCGCCGCUGGCGUUCGAGAUUGCAAGGAGUGCGAAAGAGUUACGAACGUGGGUUGAAGGGAAAGGAGACAAGGAGUGA